AUGGUCCUCCUCCCUCCACAUCCUUUAAAGGUGCCCCAGGGCCACGAGCCGCCACCUGCCACCUGCCACCACGCAGUGUCUUCCCGCCCUGGCUCUGACACUACUCUCCCUGGCCCUGCCCUCAGCUUGCCAGGACAGGCUGUGUGCCCAGAGCUCAGCUCCUCGGAGAAAGAUUCCUGCACUGCCUCCUGUGUCAACGAUGAGAGCUGUCCCCAGGGAACCAAGUGCUGCGCCAGGAGUCUCUGCAGCCAGUCCUGUGUGGUCCCCUUCAUGGCACCUGUCCUGAAGGCUGGCCGCUGCCCCUAGGUGCAGGCCCCAUACCCAAAGCUCUGCUUGGAGAGAAGUGAGUGCUCCAGGGACGACCAGUGUAGGGACAACCUGAAGUGCUGCUUCAGCUCGUGUGCCAUGAGCUGUAUGGUCCCCACCACGGGUGAGCAUCCUGGGACACCGCCCUGA